AAGGCGCCAAACCAGUACACUCCACUCCACUCCAUCUCCUCCUCUCCCUCUCUCUGUAUCUCCGAACCAAAACACACUCAACAAGAAGAACAAAACCACGUCGUUUUUACACCAUGCCUCCAUCAAAACCCGCCGAACUAACACCUUAUCACUACCACCAAGAACAAGAAGAAGUAAACUACGUCGUUUUACCAUUCUAUAUCCUCCCCGAGUCCUUCCGCCGCCGCAAGCAGCGCCGGUGCCGCCUCAUCUCCGCCGCCGCAUUCCUCCUCCUCCUCAGCCUCUCCCUCUACUCCCUUUGGCCCUCUGAACCCUACCUCAAUCUCUCCCGCCUCCGCCUCCAUCGCAUUCACAUCCACACCGUCCCUUCCAUCUCCGUCGACGUCGCAUUGAAUCUCACCGUCAAUGUUCGCAACGUCGAUCUCUUCUCCAUCGAUUACAACUCCAUCGUCGUCUCGAUCGGGUACAGGGGGAAGCAGCUAGGGCUCGUUACAUCGGAUCGUGGAUACGUGAGACCCAGGGGGUCUUCGUACGUGAAUGCUACGCUUGAGCUUGAAGGAGUUGAGGUUCUCUCUGAUGUGAUUCUCUUGCUUGAAGACUUGGCUAGGGGUUCGAUUGCGUUCGAUACGGUUACUGAAUUUCACGGCAAGCUAGGGUUCUUCUUCUUCGAUGUUACUCUCAAGGCAAAGGUAUCAUGUGAAGUUCAUGUAAAUACUCGCAACCAAACAAUUAUCCGUCAGAAUUGUUACCCCGAGUGAUCAUACUUGGAGGGUGAAGCAGAGCUAAGCUAGAAGGUUCGAUGGUGUCAGUGGUCUCUACAUCUGUAUACAUUUAAACAGUUUCUGGUACGCGAAAUCCAGAACGCGCAUAUCAUAUGAUCAUAUCCCUGUUUCUGUAAAAUAUAAACAUAUUAAAAACUGUUGGAAAAUCAUUGAUUGGAUGUCAUAUAUAUUAUAUUUGUGUAUAUUAUUAUUUUUCCAGGAAAAUAUUCCAUAUGUUGUGCGAGAACAGUUUCCUGUUUGAGAAAAUUACAGUAAGGUAUUGAAUGGCAAUUGGGAUAGAGA